AUGGAUCGGUUAACAGGCGGAAAAGAAUUAUCGUCAUCAUCGAAAGCGGUUGCAUCAAUUCAUGGUAAGGAAAAAGGUUUACUUCGCUGCGGAGGCGUUAAUUCAGGGGAGCGGAUCCCUCAUGACGUAGUAACCGAAGUGCUUUUGCGUCUUCCUGUUAAGACACUGAUGCGAUUCAAAUGCGUGUCCAAGCUCUGGUACUCUACUAUUUCCGAUUCCGAUUUCGUUGUGGCCCACCACUCGAAUUCCAGCGCCCUCCUCAUCACUUUUACAGACAAAGAUGCUACAUCGCAAACCGGUCAACCGGUUCAGCGGGUUCUUCACAUGUCCCCUGAUAAAACCUUACAUCACCAGGCAAGCGUUUUACUCGCAGAGUUCAACAUAACACAGACAAUUAAUGGCCUUUUUUGUUUGUAUGUUAAUUCGGAUGAUCUCAUCUUCUUGUGCAAUAUAUCCACUCAUGAAAUUAUGAAGCUUCCAUCCCCGGAUUAUACUACUCGUCGCGCUAAAUAUUAUUUUGGGUAUGAUCCAAUUAAGGAUUUGUACAAAUUACUGAAAAUACGUUCAGAAAAAAUCGAUGAUGAAUAUCCUUGUGAGAUUCUUACUUUGGGGAUUGACUCCUCAUGGAGGAUUACCCCACCUGCAAUUCUUGAUUUAAAGACACAAAGCAUUUGCAUUGAUGGAGUUCUGUAUUGGGGUCGGGAUCUGCACCCUAAUUACACAGUGGUUGCUUUUGAUCUAAUGAAGGAGGAGUUUCGGGUUAAUCCUAUACCGACAGAGACCAACAAAUGUAUCCGGCUUAAUAUUAUGGAACUUGGAGGAAGGCUUACCUUGGCACAGUUCGAAGAAUGUUCAUUUAAUGAUGGGAAACUGAUCUUAUGGGAAUUAGAUGAUGAUCAAGUAGGGGAGUUGGAAUUCUGGACCAAAAGCAUUGUUAAGUUGCCAACAGAAUUGUGCGAAGAGGACUGUCGUUUUCCUGUUGGAAGCCUCCCUACUGGAGAAUUGUUACUUGCUGAUUACAGACUCAAGUCUCCAAUGACUGUUUAUUCUUAUGAUCGUGCAAAAGGGAAGUUUGAAAAGUUUUUGAAGGCCGAGUUCCCUUCAUCUCUGGCUUUAGUAUGCAGGGAACCACCCCGGCUUCAAAUAAAUUAUCAUAAGGAAAACUUAGCCCUGUUAGAACAUAUAAUCAAAGGCUGCACUUCACUUUCUUCUUAUGUACCAUUGUCUGAUAGAGAAAGAGUUGCAGGACAAGGCGGAGCGACCGAGCAAUGCACAAAAGCUAUCUCUACCACACGGUCCACACCAGAUCCAGAAGAGUCAACCCAACAAAAGGCUUCCAUAAACAACUUUAUAAAACAACACAAAUCUCAUAAAUGGAUAGAGGAGUUCUGGUAUAUGGUGGAUGGUGUCACGCUCAAUAUGGGUGUGGCGGGUUCCAAGCUAGAGAAGGCUCUUGGCGACCAUUUUCCCGAAGGAGAACGCUAUUUCGGUCUCGAGAACUUCGGCAACACUUGCUAUUGUAACAGCGUCCUCCAGUCUCUUUACUUCUGUGUGCCAUUUCGUGAACAACUGCUAGAGUAUUAUUCAAGCAACAAAACUCCUAGUGAAGGAGAUGAGAAUCUCUUGACAUGUCUGGCAGAAUUGUUCUCACAGAUUAGUUCACAGAAGAAAAAAACAGGUGUCAUAGCUCCAAAACGCUUUGUAAAUAGAGUGAGAAAACAAAAUGAGCUUUUCCGUGGAUAUAUGCAUCAGGAUGCCCAUGAAUUUUUGAACUUUUUACUAAAUGAACUCGUUGACAUACUGGAGAAAGAAUCCCACAAAGCGACAAACUUACCACAAACUUCCUCUGCUGAGCUUGUUGCAAAUGGGCUCAAUAAUGCUCAGGUUAAUGGUUUUAAGAAGGAACCAUUGGUUACUUUGGUGCACAAGUAUUUUCAGGGCAUUCUCACCAAUGAGACUAGGUGUCUUAGGUGUGAGACAGUUACAGCAAGGGACGAGACAUUCUUAGAUUUGAGCCUUGAUAUUGAACAAAACAGUUCAAUUACUAGCUGCCUCAAGAACUUCAGUUCUACAGAGACCCUGAAUGCUGAGGAUAAAUUCUUCUGCGAUAAAUGCUGUAGUUUGCAAGAAGCCCAGAAGAGGAUGAAGAUAAAGAAACCACCACAUAUCCUGGUCAUUCAUCUUAAGCGUUUCAAGUACAUGGAGCAACUUGGUCGAUACAAAAAGUUGUCAUAUCGUGUAGUGUUCCCACUGGAGCUGAAACUGAGCAAUACUAUGGAAGAUACCGACUCUGAAUACUCUUUGUUUGCUGUGGUAGUUCAUGUCGGGAGCGGCCCAAACCAUGGACAUUACGUUAGUCUUGUCAAAAGCCACAACCACUGGUUGUUCUUUGACGAUGAAAACGUGGAGAUGAUUGAUGAAUCUGCUGUCCAGACGUUUUUCGGAUCAGCUCAAGAAUACUCAAGUAACACAGAUCACGGGUAUAUUCUCUUCUACGAGAGCCUUUCUGCUGCCAAGAGCUGA